ACUUUAAAAACGUGAUUGUGUUUGAUCAGUUGGGAGAAAUCACGGGUCAGUCUUUUGUUUCUAAUCAGGCCUUUUCAUCUUGCUUAUUUGUGAUGAGAGUCACAUAGCUCACUCUCUGGAAAUUACAAUUUAUUUGGUUACAUACCGUUAAAGGAAAUAGAUAACAUUUUAAAGAAGUAUACUGCCCCAUUUCUUGAGAUAUAUCUUUUACAUUGUUCAGCUAAAUAAUUGAAAUUGGAGAAUAUAGGCCUAUAUCAAAUUAUGGACGGAUUGACAACAGAGUUUUUUCAGAAGUUUCCUAAAAUGGCACGGUAAAGUGUUACGGAGCAUAGCUGCAACACGAUAAUUUAAUACUUGGACAUUUAGCAAUUGAUCACUUCAACGUCUAUACAAGAAACGGUUUUUCGAGAGACCCCGUAAACAUGGAAGCUUGGAAGGCGAACGUUGAGAAGAAAGAGGAGAGUUUCUUGAAGAUCCUCCACAGUCGAAUGGAGACGUCAUCGGCCCACGGUCUGCCGAACAUCCACCGGUCGUCCAAACCUAUCACCAAGCUCUUCUGGUUGCUUCUCUUCCUGACUGGUAUCGGCGUCAUCACUUGGCAAGUCGUCACUCUCUUUCAAACAUACCUCGCGUAUGGUUACACCGUUACUUAUGAGAUUAAGUUCAAUCGCUCCCAAGCAUUUCCCGCCAUCACCAUCUGCAACAUGAACCCGGUGAUGAAGUCCAAACUCGAGGGAUCGGACAACUCUUUCCGAGAACUCUUCGACGUUAACUUUAAGCCACCGGGCUCCAUGGACAUGGGAGGGCCUGAUGGGGGUGAUGGUCCGAAUUCUGGCGAUGGUGGAGGAGGAGAAGGCGUAGGAGGGGGAGAAGGAACAGGAGGAGGUGGUGGUUAUGGUGGCUUAGUUAAUAUAGAUACACAGACUACUCAAAGUUCAAUAUUAGCUACGACUGAUAAAAAGGAUGCUGCAGAAUCAAAGUCGGAUGUUCCUGUUGGUACCAGUGGACCAACUUCCGGUCAGGGUCAGUCAGGUUCUUCUGCAACAAUAUUUGCCAAUGCCCCUGUCUCUGCAGAUAUCCCUAGUGGCACUUCUACCGGUGUGGCAUCAUCAGGAGUGGGAUCAUCCGCAACACCCGAUGGGAAUGCGACAGAAGCUGAACACCAAGAAGAGUCAACCACGGUGACCGACGAGUCUAGUGACAUUACAACUGAGGCUGUCGAAACUUGGCAAGACCGUCAAACAGGCGACUUCUUCCACAAGAAGUCUGAUGGUUACCUGAAACAACAGCGUCUGGUGGUCCAGCUGGCAAACAAGACGAUCGAGGAACGUCAAACGCUGGGACAUUCUCUCGAAGACAUGCUUCUAGACUGCUCCUGGAGGGGGUUCCCGUGCUCCCCAGCGAAUUUCACCAGCAUAUACGAUCCACAAUAUGGAAAUUGUUACAUUUUCAAUUCGGGACAAGAUGGGAACACAUUGACCACCAAGAGACCCGGGCCAAGCUACGGUCUUUCUAUGGAGCUCUUUGUUCAACAAGAUGAAUAUAUGGAAGAUUUAACCGAUGUUGCUGGCUUUCGUGUGAUCGUCCAUCAUCCAUCCAACAUGCCUUUCCCUUCUGACGAUGGUAUAUUUGUGUCUCCAGGUCUCAUCACUGCUAUUGGAGUCCAUGUGCUUGAGAUAGAGAGGUUGCCGGAACCGUACGGAGAAUGCAAGGAGGACAUCUAUGAAGGUAUUGAAGACAAUAUCUACUACCAAAACUACAACAUCAGCUAUAGUGUACAGACCUGUGAGCAAAGUUGUUACCAGUAUGCUGUGAUAGACGAGUGCGGCUGUAGCGACCCUUCCUUCCCAAGCCCUCUCUACAGUAACGGUACCUUCUUUCCUUGUGAUAUUGACAGUGAUGUAGAAACUGCCUGUCUUGAACGGAUCGAGCGCAUGUAUUUUGUCGGAAGACUGGGUUGUGAGUGUCCAACAGCUUGCCAUGAUAUCAACUACUUGCCAACAAUAAGUUCAGCCACUUGGCCUUCUGAUAAUUAUGAGAGGAAGCUUUUUGAAAAGAUGACAAAAUGUAAUGCGGAGAUGAGGGAACAGGUCAGAGGCCAAACCCCAUCUGACUGGACAAGGAGUAAUAUGGCUAAGGUAGAGAUUUACUUCGACGAAUUCAACUACGAAUACAUUCGUCAGGAUAAGGCAUAUACGAUCCCCGAUCUUCUGAGUGACAUCGGCGGCCAGCUUGGUCUUUGGCUUGGCCUCUCGGUCAUCACCGUCUUCGAAAUCUUCGAGAGUGCUUGGGCCUUGAUCGCCUUCUUCUGCUCUCGUUGUCGAAACAGGACGCGUCCAGUGCAGACCAUUAUUCCCUCGUCGAAAGUGGCGCCGAGAUCGUCGCCCCCGCCAUCGUACAGUUCUCAUUUCGCCGAUGACAAGAAGUAGAACGCGGUGAUAUCUGCUUCGUGGAAAAGCGCUAUAGAACUUUAGCCGGGACUGACACUUGGGCAUACUGAAAAUCUUUCAUCUUUCUUUUUCCCCACGAUAUUUGAUACUCGAUUUCAUUUCGCUUUCCCUUCUACUGCUAUAGACACUAUUAUCUUUUUGCCUUCAUCUUUUCUUCUUCUUUUUUUUUCACUAGAAAACCUUUUCCCCUCUUUUUUCAAGAACCCUAUUUCCUUUACUUCCUCAGUGAUCACGAUUACCUUUUUUUUCAAUGUUGAAGAUUACUCCAAUUAUGUUUAACAUGUUAAAGUGGAUUUAUCAAGGCUUGUGUCGUCACAUCGUAUACCCAACCAUUAGAGAAAAGGGUCCCCUAAAUUCUCGAAACGUCGCGUCCAGUUUACAUCGGGUAGACUUGACCCGACCUUUCGGAAAUUUAGGGUGCCCUUUCUCGAAUGGUCGGGUAAAUUGGAUCCGACGGCGUUUCAGGAAAUGAGUGUGCCCUUUUCUCGAAUGAUCGGGUUUAGUGAUUGCCCGGCGACCCAACCCGAUAACCCGAUGUGAUGUCACAAAGCCGUUUUAACAAUACACUGCAAAAACUCCGGUGUUGAUUUAAUACCAGCCCGGAAUCUAUUAUGUCCACACCAGAGAAGUAUUGAGACAACACCAGUUUGGGAUCAAACCGAUGCUGUUUUGUUACUAAUUUGUGUUGUAUAAACACCUAUCUGGUGUUAGACCAAAACGAAACUGGUGUUGUUUAACACUUCUCUGGUGUUGAAAUAUAUAUAUUCCGGGCUGGUGUUAAAUCAACACCAGAGUUUUUGAGGUGUACAAGCUCUACUUUUUAGUAAGUCCUCUAUUUUCAUUUACAUUUUCAUAUGGUAAUAUGCAAUUAUCCAUAUUGCAACAACGCUAUAUUUUUUGUUUUGUAGUGAUCUUUAUUAUUCAUUCAAAUAAAUUUCAUACAUACAUAAUCAAGAAAAUAUAGAACAAAAUGAUAAUUGCAACAGUGCAAUACACAAAUUAAAUAACAGUGUAAUAAACAUAGCAGGCAAAUUGUAUAAAAAAAGAGACAUAAUCCGAACUCAUGCAAAAAUAACAUUUCAACAACUUAUAUAUGCAGCUAUAAAGCAAAUAAUAAAACAAGACGUAACAACUAUGCAAAUUUAAAGAAUGAAUGUAUAUGAGCAUUCUCCCGUCCCAUGGCCCCCCCCCCCCCUAUCAGACCCCUAUAUUCAUGUACCAAUCAUGUUUCUACGAUAUCAUUAUUGAAAUAUUUCUUAUGACGUUUAAUCUGUUUUGUAUAUUUCUAUAUCUGUAUAUGUUUGUUUUUACGGUGAUUAUUUGAAAAUGGAGAUACAGAGACUGAAACGAAUAUGAUAGAUGACUAUUUAAAUCAAUCUUGAGUCAUCUCCCUCUGAUCCAUCAAUGUAUAAUUGCCCCCAGAAAGCGGACGAAAACUUAGGAAUUAGUGAUAUUCCGGAUACAUGAGAAACAAAUCUACAUUGUUUAAAAUAUCGUUUAAAAAAUGUCCUCGAUCAAAAAUUAUUUCUUCUUUCAAUUGAGACCGAUCCUCAUUAAUUCCCGUUUUGCUCUUUGAGAAGAGGUAAAAAAAGAAACACUUGUGAAAUACUUCAUAGCGGUAUGCAGAAUUUGUUUUCCAACAUGUCCAAAGAAAGUUUAAAGCGAGAAAGUGAAGCGACCAAGCUUGUCAUGGACGCUUUGCUUUUUAAAAUAAAAAUUUAAGGAUUUCCACUUUUUGCACUUGGUGACUUUUGUGAAAAUUUUCAGUGAUAAAUGUAGGUUUUCAAAAUUUCUGGUGGCAACUGCCCUUCCACUGCAUACGGCCACGAAUACUUUAUGACUAUGUCUAAAACAGAAAUGCUUUUGGUUCAUGAGAUUUUGAUGCCUCAAUAAAUCAGUGAUAUU